CAUCAAAACGAUUCGGCAUCAGCUGCGCCGUAAACAACGCAAAAAGUGAUUAAAUUUUUUUUUCUGAAGGUAUUCAGAAAUCGUAAUAAAGUGAUAUUUUUCUACAAAUGCCGAGCUAGAAAUGAGGAGUUUGGAGUGUUUUUUGGUGUUGUUUCUCGUGCUUGUUCCGGCAAAGGCCCACGAUCGCCCAUUUGACGAUGAAUUUUCCCAGUCGCUGGUGGAAAAGGGGAAGAAACAGCUAAGUGAGCUCGAGCAGAAGAGUCACCUCCCGCGGUACGGCGACUGUUGGCUGCAGGCGCUGGAUCAUUUGCGCGACGGUUGCCGCACCCUCACCGAUUCGAUCCAGGUCGAUUUGGCGCUUCAUCUCACCAACUGCUUCAUGGAAAUGUCCGGCCAGGACCGGUUGGACUGCGUGUCGGAGCGGACGGAAGCGCUGAAGCGGCUCUGCAUGAGCGAAAUGAGCGACCGGGCGUUUGCCGUGUACACGGAGUUCUUCACGCAAACCCAGAACAUGUGUUUCUUCCUGCAGGCCCAACGGUGGCAGUCGGAAACCGACCGGACCAUUGACCGGCUUAGCGUGAGCUCGCGGGAGGUUAGCGAGCGGAUGCAGGUGGCGGGCGAGGUUCAGCGGGCGGUGCUGGAACAUCAGAAGGAGGGGUUGCGGUUGCAGGGAGAAAUGUUGGCGAUGGGAACCGGGUUGGCCGCUACUCUGAAUGGUUCCCAAGGAAUGCUGGAUAAGCUGACUGAGGAUUUGCGGAAUUCUACUGCGGAACAUCAAACCGUGCUGGAUGAGUUGUUUAGGGAGUUUUAUCUGCUGCACGGCUGGAUCGUUGGCCGUUACGCGUUCGUAGAUCGGACCAUCUUCUAUCUUAGCUUUUUGUUGGCCAUUAUGGUCGCGACAUCGACGAAACGGACCCAGCAUUGUCGUACGAUACUCCUGCUUAAUUUGCUCGCAAGUCUUCUUGUCGAGUUGACCCUACUGAAGUUGUUUCCCUCGCUAGACGCCAUUCAGCGAGAUCAGCUGCUGUGGACCUUCCGGAAGCUCUUCCUAGCUACCGGCGUCCUUCUCUUCUUCUAUCAGUCCUAUCGCUACCAGGACGCCAACACCAAGCUGCUCAACGAAAUCAAGGAGCAAAACCGCCAAAUCAUGGACAGCAUCCUGCGCCUCAAACUGGCCGCCGCAGCGCAAAAUGACCGCUCCAGCUUCUUCACCACGGCCACCAAAACGACGACGGCAGAUUCCGAGGUCGGUUCGGAACGCACCCUGCGGAAGAUUCCGCCCGCCCCCGACAGGACGCACGUGGUCGUGGUUGAGGAGGACGAACCGGACUACGACAAGGAGAACAGCUCGAACGAGCGACGCUCGGUGAGCCGUUCCGUGCGGUCCGAGUCGAGCGUAUCGCGGACCUCGCGGUACAAUUUACGCCGCAAGACGAUUGGCGGACAGCGGCAGCAGCAACCGUAGUGAGAACCGGUUAGAUUUUAAGUUUAUUUAUUUUACGCGCGCUAAAGCUUACGAACAUCACAAAAACAUUCCUGAUUGACUAAUCCAAAGAAGCUGUAACCAAAUAAGUGAAAUUUCAAAAUCUGCGAUUUAUUUUUUAAGUUCCUUGACAUUCGAAUUAAAUGACCUGAAUAAACAUUGUUAAGUAAA